AUGAAGGGAGACAAUUUUUACAGGAGAGACUCUUCAAAGGAAGAAGACAUGCUCACUGAUUUACCUGAGGAAAUUAUUCUACACAUCCUUUCAUUUGUUGAUGCGAAAACCGCAGUUCAAACAUCAGUUCUGAACAAACGGUGUAGAUAUCUUUGGGCUUCUCUGCCCGUUAUUAACUUCGAUAAGGCAUCAUUCGAAUAUGAUGAACUCUUUAAGGAUUUUGUACAUAAUUUUUUGUCCUGCAGAGAUACUUCCAUCAAUGUUUUCAAUGUUAGUUUAAAGUCUCACUUUGGUAUUUAUAAUUGUCAUGUGGUAGAUUCCAUCAUUGAGCAUGUUAUUGAUACACCAUCUAUCACCACUAACAUUGAGGCACUUACAAUUCUUGCCGUGUGUGUUCUGAGCGAACUUCCUAAACUCUCUGUUUUGUCUAUAUUUUCUGAUGAAUUAGUGGAUGCAUCUUCUCCUUUCACCAGAAUGCAAACUUUUGAGUUAAUAUGUAAUGCAUCUUCUUCCUCCGCCAUGCCUCAGGACGAGCAAAAUGGAAAAACCAAUAUUGUUGAAGUUGUCUUUUUGCGGAGAAGUUAA